UUGUAGAUCCAUGCUUAAAAGAAGAUAAGAGACCGACCGAUAAGAUUAGGUUGGAAAGAACGAGAAUGUACGGGGAAAGAUAUUAGAAAGAAAAAGAAAAAUAUUUUCAUUAUUUUAAACAAAUAAAGAUGCUCGAUUAUUAAGCAUACUUAGCAUACAGUUUAUGGCAACAUUUAAAUUUGGUAUGGCAGAAAUAGCAGCAAAUUUAAAAUCUAUUUGCGACAAGAUAUCCUAUGCUGCCACGAAGAGAGCACCGGAGUAUCGAUAUUAUGAACCACGACUGGUAGCAGUUAGCAAAUUACAAUCCACAGGAUCAAUAGUAACUGCUUAUGAGGCUGGUCAGAGACACUUUGGUGAAAAUUAUGUAAACGAAUUAGUGGAGAAGGCAUGUAGCCCACUAAUCCUUGAAAAAUGCAAAGAAAUUCAAUGGCAUUUUAUAGGCAAUUUACAAAGGAAUAAGGUCAACAAAGUUUUAAGUAUACCAAAUUUAUAUGUCAUAGAAACUGUCUGUAGUGACAAACUUGCAAAUGCGCUCAAUAAUUCAUGGCCAAAAUUUCGAAAAAGUGAUGACAGCAAAUUAAAUGUCAUGGUACAAGUUAACACAAGCCAAGAAAAGGAAAAAAAUGGUUGCGAUGUUGCACAAGUAUCAAGCAUUGUAAAAUAUGUUGUGCAGAAUUGUCCUAAUUUGAAUUUUAUGGGCCUCAUGACAAUAGGAAUGUUUGGCUAUGAUAUUACAAAUGGACCAAAUCCUGAUUUUAUUUGUUUAAUAAAAUGUAGAGAAAAGGUGUGUGAUGAAUUGGGGAUUAACAUAAAAGACAUCGAAUUAUCAAUGGGAAUGUCCAAUGAUUAUGAACAAGCAAUUGAACUUGGCAGUACAAACGUAAGAGUAGGAACAGUUAUUUUUGGUGAAAGACCACAAAAGAAUUGAAAAUAUAAUGUAUUAUAAAUCAGCAAUUUUAUCUUUGGGGAAAAAGAUAUUGGGGGAUAGGGACAUAUUUGUUUAUAUCAACAUAUGUCAGAAUCAGAUAUGUAUAACGAAUAUUCUUUAUACAACAGCUAAUAUUUUUUCUGUUCUAAAACUAUUGAAAUCAAAUAUUUCGAACAUACUGUCUUCCAUUUUUGUUACUUUAAUCUAAUCAGCAAUAUGGAUAAAAUAAACGUGCAGCACAAAAGAAUAAUUCUGAUAUUUAGAAAAAAA